AUGCUACUAGGACACAAGAGUAACAGCCCAAGGGGACUUGCAGUGACCUCCAAAUUUGUCGCGAUAUAUAGCAAGCUUUUCCAGGGGUUAUCACCCCAAAGCAUCAACCCUGAACAUGAUCAAGAACGCCUCUUUUCUGAUUUGCUUGAUCUCAAGGUAGACCGCUCAUACCUCAGAGAGGAACUUGACAAGAUUCCAAAAGAAAAAUGCACGGGAACCUUUAAGCCUCUACUGAGUACGCUGUUUCGGAUAUGCAUAAAACAUGCCCGUUCGAUAAAAAAUGAUGACGACAAGAGACUUCAUGCUAUGGAAACUCAGUCCAUUCUGGUUUCUACAAUGCUUGCAAAGAACCUGACGGGGUGGGAAGUUAUGGAGAUAUUGGCAGGUUCUGUUUCUCAAAGCGAUUUUGUAUUCUCCGAGUUUACGGAAACCCUUGACGUCCUCAUCGGCGACAGUGGAGCUUCUGUGACACUACGCCAUCAAGCUGUCCAGCUCGGCUUGAUAUUUAUGUGUGGAGUGGGUCAACUAAGCACUGGUGCAUAUUUUUUGAGGCGGAAUUUUUUUCCUUCUAUUGUAUCUUUCGUGAAAUCGCCAGAAAUGGAACAAUAUGUCUUUGAAGCCGUGCUUUUUCUGGCAAUUCUCGCAAAUUAUCACAAGUCCGAUGCGGCGAAGCUAAAUACUUAUCUAAAGCAAAUUCGGAAUUCAUCAGACGGUGAUUUCAUGCGAAAACUUUGCUGGGUGUCCAACUACACUUUGGGGACCUCAAUUAAACAAUAUCAGGAACUCGGUUCUGAAUCAUUUGGCCUAAAUCUUACCUCGUCAUUCGGUGCUGUUCUGAAUCGAUGGCUUCCGGAAAAUACUUUAUUAUUGAGUCAUCCAAAUGCAUAUGGAGACAAAUAUAAAGACCAACCGGUUGAAGCAACUGUUAUAUUACUUGCGGUUUACGAAUUUCUACUUUCUAACCCAAUGUUUGCAACUGUAUUGAUCGAAGACAUGGUAUCUCCUGAUGAUUCCGUCCAAUGUCCCCUGUUUUGCACUAUAAUAUCCUUGACUUCGUACCUGUGCACACAUGCAAUGUCUACGGCUUCUCCGCGGUCGAUUGCUUACGCUGGAAUAUCUAUCAAUAUGAUUCUCGCUCUGGUAGAAAAUAAAGUGGUUAUGGAGUUUAUUUCUCAAAACAAUGUUCCAUCUAUCCAGAUGUGCCGUCAGCGUUCCCCACCUUUGCCUGCAUCGAAGGGUGUUCUAAAACCGCCUGUGUGCUUUGUCUUGGACUGUUGCAUUCUUUGGCUUCGUCAUAACCUUCACAAGCGCCUGGAAGUGCCGUCGUUCAUAAAUGUCGUUUGGAUCUGUUACCGUGUCAUAUGGUUCUUACAGCACCGCCGCGUGCGUCUUGACUACUACUGGACAGAAUUAUGGAAUUCCCUCUUCAACCUUCUUGAUUUCUUGUCAUCGAAACUUGAGAGCUUGCACACAACUGGUGGCGUAGAGAUGUUGAUUUCGGAAACGCUAUGUCUCCUCGAUUUGGCAGUUUGUACCUCCGAAUCGUUCUUACCCACCCCACGGUUAUUACACGAAUUCAUCUAUGAACUUGUUCGCUCCUCUUCUAUUCUGAAGAAGCAAGAGGCUGUUAUAAGAACUCUUGCUAUACCAGACUCAUCAACUACCCGACCAUCAUUAAGAGGGGAUUCCAUAGUUACAACUUUGGAACACAUACUAUCAAUAUCUAGCAUUUUUGAAGCAAAAAUUGGGAGUGCUAACAUCGGAAAUGCCAAAGAUACGAUGAAGGCGGUUGCGGCAGAAAUCGAAGCAAACGGUUUGCACGUUACACGUGAAAUUCUGGAAACGGUACCACCGACACGCUCGCAGGAAGUUCUUGACUUUGCACGAAUCGCUUGCGAGGACGGCCUCGCACUGAUGCCAUAA